AUGAUCGCCCAACCUUCUCAUAAUGACUCUGACACUGAGAAUGAACAAAGUGAAGAUGAAUCAAGUAACAAUGUCGAUGUUCCAACCGAUUAUCAAUUAUCCGAUACCUUACUUGGUCAGUACAAACAUAUGGUAAACAAUCAAGGUUUACUCGUCAAAUAA